AAGAGCUAGAGAGAGAAAAGGGUUCAUUCUUGUUUUCUCCAUUUUCUAUAAAUUUCUAAGAGAGAGAUGGCAAAGGGGGGAAGCAUGAAGGGACACAUGCAGAGUCACAACAUGAAUGGAAGUAAAGGAAGAACAACAUAUGUAGUGUUAUUGCUUCUUGCUUUUGGGGUUGCAACAUUUGGAGUAAUGAUUCUCCACAAACUCAGAGAGAGGCGCAUCUUCAACCUCCUUGUCAAAGAUCAAGAAAUUGAACUCAUUCACCUUAAACUCCUCUUGCAGAAAGAAAGAGAACAUACGAAAGAAGCUAAAAGGAAAGCGGAGGAAAUGAAAUCCAAGAUGCAGUGGAUUCGUACGCAGAGAAGGGAUCUAGAGAGCAAGAUCAUGGAAAUGAAAUCAACAAUCUCUUCCCUUCAAGAUGAACAGAGAGUAAUCGAAGUAGCUCUCGAAGAAAAACAGGAUGAAAUCAAGAUGCUUACAGAGAAACUUACAGAAAUGAACCUGAAGGAUUCCCAGGCUAAGCUUCUUUCUGAAUCUGUGCAACAAAAUGAAGCCGAAAUUGACAUACCUGUAAAGGUCUGGUCAGUGAGUGCAGACGAUCCAUCAAAUCCAACUAUAAACUUUACCACCAAGGCUGCAGGUACAAAAGAAGCAACUGGAGGAGAAACCGAACAACUGCGUGAAUCCAUAAAAAGAGAUGACCAGAAAAAUUCAGCAGAAAAUAUACAUAGAAAAGCCACGAGGCAAGGUGAAGACAGAGGACAGGCACAAGAUGGAGAGGGAUCUGCUGACUGGAGGAGCAAUACUGGAGAACGGGAGUCUCGUGAGUUGAGAACUGCUCAAGAAGAUGUUCCAGGCGACAUAAGCAGCACCAUAUUUCAAACUUUGGAUGGCAAAAGAGAGACCACUAACAAUUCUAAAUCCGAGGAAAUUUUCCUAGAAGAGAAAAGAUACGAUAAUGGGGAUUCAUCUGUGGAAACUAUCAAUCAUAGUGGUCAAGUGCAAAAGCAAAGCAAGGAAGUAGGGGUAAUAGAUGCCACAGAUUGGGAAGAGCAUGGAACAGCAGCUGAUUUUGCGGAUUCUCAAGGUAAUAACCAGGAAUCUAGACAGAAGUAUAAAGACGGGAUGAAGUUAGAAAUGAAGGAGAAGCACAAGAGUACAGAUGCAUCAAGAGUAAAGCAGGAGCACAUAAGAAAGACAAAAGGGAAGAGUCGGCGAAUAAUUGCAGAGAAAAAGGUCACUGGAAGUGGUGGGAAUACUGAAAAAAGAAGCAUUGUAAGCAUGAGAAACAGAAAGUUGUUCAAAGAAAUACAGGAAAGUGCAACAAAUGAGAGAGUUGGAGGCAGUAAACAAGAGAAACAGAAACAUAAGCAAGAGAAGAGUAUGAACCCGUACAGAAGGAACGAAUAUGAUCCAGAAGAUCACAGGAUUGACAUGAUCCAAAAAACCCAACGAUUUAAAAAUCUGGAGGAAAAUUUUGGAAACCAAGUCAGGUUCAAACCAGAACAAAAACUAGAUAUGAGGAAACAGAGAAUGCAAGAUGAUAACUCAAACCUCGAUGACGCUCCACGACGUAAGACAGCACCUAACACUAAGAAACCAGCAGGCGCUCAAGAAGGUAUCCGAGAAGGCAGGAAAUCUGACACGAAUGAGAUAACUGAGAAAGGGCAAGAAAGAGAAGCCAACAACACGGAAUCUGAGAUGUCACGGAGUUCUCAGGAAGUGCCUACAAAGACAGCGGCUUCUAAUGUCAACAGAGUUUCAAAAGACACCAGAAACAAAAAGUCGGAUGAAACUACACAAUCACUAGAGGCAAUCGGCAUCAUUAGAGAACACCAAGAACAAGAACAGGCUGAUAGUCUUCCCAAUUUUUCUGAGCAUGCAAAUAUUUCUGAAAGAGAUGUCAAAGCAGACGACCUUCAGGUUGAGAAUGAUCAAGAAACAGGAGGAGUGGUAGACCAGUCAAGAGGAAUUUCACAAGAGGUCAGAUAUCAAAAACUCAAUAGCACAGCACGCGCAGAAGAGGAAAACAACACCAUAUUUAUAGACACAGAACAAAGGCUGGGCGGCAAUCUCCACAGCUCUUCCACACAUGUGAGAAAUGCUGAAAUGGCUUUUAAAGAUAGCAACCUUGACACUGAGAAUGAUAAGGAAACAGAAGACGAAGAUCAUUCUAUAGGCUCUGCUGCCAACUUGGAAGAGGAGGGAGAAGACGUGAAUUGAAAUAGAUGUGUCUGAAUUUUAGUAUAGACAGUUGCCUGACAGAAUGCUAAAUUUGCUUCAUUUCGAUGUAAGAUGAUUAUGUUUCUAUUUUUAGUUUAAUGUAAGACAAAUACUUGCGUCUUAAUUAGCCUGCAGCAGUGGCAAUUUGUUGCUUCGACUUACUAAUCA